AUGGGGUCGCAAGAGUUGACACGAAUAUGGAAUCAAACUAGAAGAGGAGCAAAUCAAAGAAGAAUUCCCGAUCGAGAAAUCGAGAAUUUCAGCUCUCCACACGUUUUCUCCUUUCAAGGGGACAGUUGGGUCAUCGGACGUUUUUCGACGAGCAAUGAACGAUUGGUGUUUCUUGGCGGGAAUCUAGGCACAAUCGGCAUUCUAGAUGUCCGACACACUUGGGAUUCUCCAAACACCGAGGCACCACCUGCAAGUUGUAUCACGGCUCAUCGCGGCUUGAUUAUGGAUCUGGCUGAAGUACCAUGCUCGUCGGCUCAAUCUAUCGAUCUUCUUUCGGCAUCUGGGGACACAACGAUUCGGCAAUGGAAUCUAGAAAGAUGCCGAGAAGUCAUGACAUUUACGGGCCACGAUCGAACAGUGCGUUCUUUAUCGGUGAACAAAGAUGAUCCAUGGAUGUUCAUCAGCUCUAGUCGAGAUGGAACGAUUCAACGAUGGGAUCGACGAUGUUCAAAGGCUCGAGAUGUUUAUGCAGAUCCACAUUCACUAGAAGCAAUGACGCCAAGAAAGGGCCGGCAGCGAAGAAGUGAAAAUCCCGAAUUGUCGAUAACUUCCGUGCAAUUUGUGAACAAAAAUCAAUUUGUGAGCGGCAGUGUAAAAGCUGAUACUGGCGUCCGCUUAUGGGAUCUUCGCUUCAUGAAAACAAAAACAUCUGGCUCUUAUACGCCUGUGAAAAUUUUUAACAUCAAAAAUUUACAAAACAAAGCCAUUUCAUGCCUCACUAUUGAUCGAUUCGGAUCAUCGCUCUACGCGGCUGUAACCGACAAAAAUGUUUAUGAGUUCUCUUUAAAUUCAGCUCGAACAACACCAAUUCAUGUUUUCUCUGGCGCUCGGUUUAAUGUAUUUGAUGUUGCUCAGAUGUCAAUAAGUCCCGUAUCGGAUCAUUUGAUGUGCGGGUCAAACGAUGGAACAGCAGUGAUUUGGGAUCUUCAGGAAACGCAUUUGUACGUGGAUGAUAAUCCGUCGGUGAGCUCACUGUCUUCAAUUUGUGAAAUUGAGCCAAUCGAGCCAAAGUUUCAACUCAAUGGUCAUCAAGAACAAGUGAUUUCAGUUGGAUGGAGUGCAAGCGGGAAUUACAUGUUAACGAUUGACGAAGAGCAGUUGCGAGUUUGGGACAAAAGUCGACCAUAUUCUGAAACGUUAAAAGACUCAACACAGAUGCCGGGUGCCUUUGAAAGAAUUAAAAAAUGGCGACCUACUGCUAUUCCUGCAUCGAGAUUAAGAGCCUCUCUUGAUCACCCACCUGCUGGCAAUUCUCUUCUUUCACCAAGCAAGGAUACGGCGAUGAGGAGUGCAAAAAGAGUAGCCAUUGAAGCUUUGCAAAGUCCGCAGAAGAGCAUUGCUCGGAAUGGUUACUCGCCGAGAACACCACAAGCAAAAAGAAUUCGGAUUGAACAAAUAUCACCCGUUCUUCCUCCACUUAUCACUUCCCCAUCAUCUAACAAGCAACUAUCCCCGUUGAUUGACAUGCAGAAAACUCCUGUGAAGACGCCAAACAAAACACCGAGAAAACGGAUGCUUUUGCGGCCAAAGAAUGCUUUUCAUGCAAAAUACCCUACUUGCAAGCUUCCAAACAUUCGCUAUGAAAAUUACAUCAAGAAGAUACGAGGAAAGGCUGAAGAAAAGUCCACACCCAACAAUGACCCCAUGGCAAACAUAGCUUCACCCAGCUCGAUGGAUGAUUGGUUGAGACGACCGGCAAAGGGGGGGCAUCCAAGCCGGCUCAUCAGAUUGCAAGUGCCAGCUGAAGAUGAAUUCACCGAAGCGUCAUGCUCAAAGAUGAUGACCGAGGCUGAGCGUUUGGAAGCAAAAUCCCCAGUGAAGAAAGUUAUUAAAACUCCUGUUAAAGCGACACAAGGUAUUCCUCUCGUCCCUCAGUCUUUGAUCGCCCCAGCUCCAUCAACAACGACGACUCCAAGAAGCAUGCAAAGAAAAUUGAAAUUCGCCGACGAGAACACACCAAAAGCCGACUCUGCUUCUAAAAUAAAAACCCCGGCCUCGAAUAGUCGAAAUAUCUUGCAUUACUUUCCCAGAACCCCCAAG